GGGGGAGUUUACAUGUGUGUUGCAUCGCUGCAGCGUCUCAUGUGAAGGGUUGCUCUGUAAAACUUUGUUAACACAUAUCAGCCGACCUUAAACACCGGCGUGACCGCGUUGUGCUACGCUCUUUGACUGAAAGGAUGCCGUCGUGAUGCAGUCACAGCCGGUGAUGUUUACAGCUGCUAUGAUUCUUUUCUCUGCAAACAAGUCGACUGAGAGUGUUUUUGGAUCUAGUUCCUGAAACAUUGUUCAGAACACUAAGAGAGGACGUGUUCUGAGGACUCAACAGCUGCCGUCAGAUUUGGGAUUUGGAUGUCAACAUGGAUGGCAUUAAUGACCACAUCUGGCAGCGGCGCAUCCAUCACGGGGUUAGGCAUCAGAAAUGCGCAAUCCCGUUCCCAGAGUCAGUUGAAAUCGGGUUGGAGUUCAACGUGGCAUUGGAAAGGAAAGAAAAGUUAGAUCUGUGUCUGCUAACGAACGCUGUGAUGCUGGAGCUUUGUGACUUUGCCAAAACGGUGACCAAGUCCGAGACAUAUUUCUUGUUCGAAAUGCUAGAGUUCAACUUUGACCUUGGUGUGGACAUGGACAAUGACAUGCAGUGCUAUGAAUACGCAAGACGAGUUCACAGUAAAAUAAAGCUGCUGAAGGAACAAAUCAAGUUGAAACCUCGUAGAUGGAAAGAACCAUUUCUAUUACCAGACCGAAACACUAUGAUGGAGUACACUGGGUCACAGCAGUCGGGACGCUACUACCCUAAAAGGAACAAAAUCGUGGAUAGUUCAGUCCUCACUGAUGGCAGCAAGAACACCCAGUCUGAUCCAGAAAAUCAGGAGGCGAAUGGAGCUGUUAGCAGUGCCUGCAUGGUAAAGAAACCAGGAGGACUCAGAUCAAAACUAGCAGGUGAUGCUUACCCCUGCUGUAAAGAACUUGGUGUGACACUGACUGUUCGACCAGAUGACACCAAACAGAAACUAGACCCACAUCUGCUAAAUAAUGGUGUGAUGCUGGAACUGCUUUACUUUUCAAGAGUGCUUUGUGGAACACAGACUGGGAUAGUUCACGACUUGGUCAAGCAAAAUUUUGGUCAUGAGUUGGAUAAAAUACUGUUUCGUAUGCAAGUAUCCAAGCUGAUGGAGCGAAAAUACGCCUGCAUGACAGCCGAGGACAGGGACGCUUUCCGAAAGGAGCCUUUUAAAGUCCAGACUAAGAAACGGGAACAGAAUCGUAAAAGGAGGAAAAGCCUUGACACAAAUUAUCAAGAACUGCAAAAACUAACAUUGGCCAGUAAGAGAAGGGGAACACUGAGGCACAGUAGCAAUGAUGCGAAAGAAAUAUGGCAGGAUAGUGACCUGUCGUACAUGUGUCCAGUUGAUUUCGAGAUAGAAAUGCUGUCAGGUACAGAGGCCAAACCACAAAAAAUGAAGUUUGAAAGUGGUUCCUCAGAAACAGCUGCAGAGACAAAGUCGGCAGUGUCUCUGGAUAUAGAGUGUGAAGAGGAAGAAGUAGUUGUCUCCCCUGUGCAGCCUCAGACUAAUGGUCACGAUUCUAGUUUAUUCAGCCUUCGUCCAAAGACCACAACUCAAAAAGCAGUCUCCGAUCUGUUUUCUGAAGAUAAAAAUGAGGACAUAAGUGUGAAAACACUGAAACAGAGGCUGUGGAUGAGACGUGCUGUUCGCACAAAACAAAUCCUGAAGUCUGGCAAAGUGAAUGACCUGUUUGCCCACUGCAGAGGGAUAGGUUUAGAUUUUAAUGUUGGUUCAGGCAACAAGCAGAACGUGGAUCUCCAACUCCUCACCAACUGCGUGUUGUGGGAAGUCUAUAAAUUUGCAGCUGCGCUGUCGAAGAGUUUUCGCAGUUUCUUAUUUGACAUUCUGGACAACAACUUUAACCUCGUCCUCCAAGAUGAGCUGCAUGAGCGCAAUUUCAUAUGUUACAUCGUAACAAAAGAAAAGAUUCUUCAGAACCACCCUGCGAGACAGAAAGUGGAGUUUCUCAACAGUCCCUUUCAGUUCCCUGAAGUUUACAACAUGGUUGACGUGACCAGCAAUUUUCAAAGUGGACAAGACGCUAAGACAGAGCAGCAGAGAAACUGGGAUUCACCAUCCCAGGCGUCAGGCCAGCAGGCAGAUAUGGAGCUACACCCGUUCUGUCACAAGUUAGAUCUCAACCUUUGGUCGACAGAAGAAUGUCCGGCGAACCAAAAGCUUGAUCUGACCAUCCUGACCACCGGCGCUGUCCUCGAAAUAACCGGCUUUGUCAGAGAGCUUUGCGGAGCUUUCCGUGAGACAGUUAAUGACAUCCUUGAGCACAAUUUCGACCUUGAGCUUCAAAGUGGUGCGACCAAGGCCGCACAGGUGAUCCAGAGAUGGUACUCAACUCAGAAAAGCUUGAUGAAAAGGCAAAACGCAUCACCGAAGAUAAGUAGGUGGUUGAACAUGGUUGUGCCACUGAACGGUCACUCGCAGCUCGAUCCACAACCACCAAGUGGCAACCAGCUGGAGGAUCUGGAUGCAGAAGACUCAAAGCUGGGCAUAGAAAUGCAACCUUUCAGCGGAAAUGUGCGACAGGUGAAAAGGGUCAACAGCUAUCACAUCUGCAAAGAAAUAGGAUUGGACCUUAACAUUGGCUAUAAAUCAGAAGCCAAAACCAAACUCGAUUUGCGAGUGCUGACAAGAGGAGUCCUCCUUGAGGUGCACCAGUAUGUACUGCAAAACUGCCAGCAAUACAUUCCCGCUCUGUACGCGAUUCUGGAGUACAACUUCAAUCUGAGCUCUCAGAACCAUCGUAAGGCGGAGUUCGCCUGCUCCAUUGCAUCACAAGUGAUAGCCAUAGCUGGAAAAAACAGCAGAAAGGGAGGUUAUCUGAACAAAGUGUUUGAGCUGCCCUUCGAUAUCUCAGAGUCCUCACAGAUUUUCUGCAAAGAGGAGGAGGACGGAUACAACGAGCUGGACCUUAACGAUAACUUGGACAUAGUGUUUGUUCGAGAACUGAAGCCCGUUGACAUAGAAGUCGAGAUUGAGUAGAGUCGUAUGUCCUUUUUUUAUUGUGGAAAAUCAGUGUUCAGAUUAGUCCUCCACUUGAAGAUAUCAUGGUAAAGCAAGAAAAAUGUGGACAAAACUAGUCAGCUGUAUUAGGAAUGUGUUCUUCUGUGGACAUAAACGCACACAUCGGCAGUCAUUAAACUUAAAAAAAAAAAAAACUAGUGAGGGAAGUGUUGUACAAUUACUUCUUCUUCAGAGCAGAAACAGCUCAGUAGAAGCUGCACGUGGAUGAAAGAAAUCAGAAUUUCCCACCUUGGAUGUACAAGAUGUUCAUUUUUGUGUCAUUCUGUUGUCCAAACCUU